UCUUGCUGGUGUCACGUUCAUGUCUCACAAUGCAACGUUUAGGAGACACGCUGUUGAACUCGGCAAAGACGGGAAACAUACACCAAUUAAGAAGAAUACUUAGUGAUCCAGAAUUUGACCGAAACGUGCUAGACAACGUGCUCGACGAGGAAGGAAAUUCCGCUCUGCAUCUAGCAUCUUGUGGUGGCUAUGUGGACUGCGUUUCGGCAUUGCUGCGAGCUGGGGCUGACAUAGAAGCGAGAAACAAGAAAGGUUCGAGUCCUCUUUGUGUCGCUUGUUCGUGCUCUGACGAUGGUGCUACUGCGCAAUCUCUACUGGAUAAUGGUGCCGAUGUAAACAGCGCUCCCGCGAACGAGCAGAUGCCUAUCAGCGAGGCAUGUCGUCGUGGUAACGUGAACAUUGUGCGUCUAUUGCUUUCUCGUGGGUCAUCUCCUGAAGCUACUCACUACCCUAAGGUUGGAUUUAGGUUGAUUGAUAGGCAGAGCAUGUCUGCUUCAUAUCCAUGGCAGCCUAUACACUUUGCUGUCGAAAGUGGAAGCAUUGAGUGUAUCCAUGAACUCUUGAAAGCAGGGGCGUGUGUCAACAUGCCUGGAAAGUAUGAUGAAAGUGCAUUGGUGGAGGCCAUCACCCACAGAAAGUUUGAAUGUGCACGAUUCUUGCUUAAACAUGGAGCAGACAUUGGACAUCUUAACAGUAAAUGCGAGUCUCCGUUGGGUAAAGCUCUGAUGGAUCCAGAGAGUGGAGAUUUUGUCAGCAUGCUGUAUCAGUUUGGAGCCAACAUGACUCUCAAGCGACGGGAUGGCAUCGAAGGCACUAGGGUCCCUCAUCAUCCGCUUUGGGAUUGGCUGCUGAAUGGAUCAUCUCCAGAGCCACUAAGGGCUCUAGUGAUGGCAGAUACAGCAUCUUCUGUUGGCAAUGAUCGGUGGAAAUUUUGGAAAACACGUGCUUUGUUUAUUGUAGUUUCCAGCCAAAACAUCACCCAUCUGAUUCAUUUCAUUAAUGUCAGCAACAGCUGUGGUCAUUUGCUUGAUAUGAGUGUGAAAUAUUCGGAUGAAUUGAUUAGUAAGGUGUUUUUUGCAAAGGUCAAUCAAACACUUAUGGAACAGAGUUUGAGAACCUACAUGCAUCAACAUUCUCACGGCCAAAACACUAAUAAGAAGAAUGCUCUUGAGAUUAUGAAGAUACUUCUUGCUUCGGGAGCAUCUGCUACGGAAUUAUGUGGUAGUGAUCCCACCCUGUCACCACUUCAGUUGGCUAAGCGAAACAGACUGUCCGAUGCUGUUAAUGUCUUAAUUGAAGGUCAUGCGUGGAGUAGACGGGAAAAGCGAACAACAUCAGUGAAAUUUGGUUCAGUGUUAUCAAGUUUGCAAGCUUGGUGUCGACAUGUUAUUCGAUCUUCUCUUGGCAGAAAGCGCAUUCCUUUUAUUAGGCUGCUGCCACUCAGUUAUCCUAUGAAAGACUAUUUGUUAUUUGAUUAUCCAUUGUUUAAAUCAGACUUUUAAAUUUGCAAUGGACAAUCUAAUGUUUAGACAUACUACUUGUAGGUACAUUUAGAUGAGUUUACUGCUAUUCUAAAUUGCUUGUAAAUAGAAAUUGGUGAUUGGUUUACAGCUUUUCA